CACAGAUCUCAUUCUCUUAUCAUUUGCUUCUGGGGCCCUUCGUCCUGUGCUGUCCCUGCUCCGUCUUUGGCUUUGCCUCUGCAAUGUCGUCGCUGCCGUCGCGUCUCUCGAGCCCAAAGCUGCCUCGUCCCAUCCACAUCAACACCAGCACCAGCACCGGCAUCGGCGCCAGCAACCACAAUCUCGGCCCAAAUGCCCACAGCGAUGCCGAUCCAGCCCAUCCUCUGCGGUCGUCGCAGUCCCCAACCGUCACUCUUGGCCCCGUUGUGAACAGUUCGGAAAUAUCGCCAGAGUCUCGGCUGGCGCUUCAUUUCCGCAACCUGCUCUCGCUCGCGGGCAUGAUCGUCAGCGAUGUCUCAAGCUUUUGGAUGAAGAAAAUCUACCUGGCCAUGCUCCACCAAAACGAUACCAUCGAGUAUUUCAAGCGCAUACGUGAUCGGGCUACCAACUAUGAGCAAUGGGCGGCUGCCUCGCUGGUCCUCGACGAUCUCGAAGGAAAUGAAAAGUGGAAAUCAGAUCCUGUUUCGCCGGAUUACGACUACCAUCUUAUUCAAGAGCGCCUUGUCUCGCUGAAGAAGGCCCGCCUCUCGGGCGACAUAUCAUCGAUGAUCUUUCUCCUCCGGACGAGCCUGAACAGGGAUCUUGGGAACAUGGGAAACCACAAAGUGAGUGAAUCUGGGCUCAUGUGGGAGGACGGAGGUCUUGUCUCGGACGAUCCAGCAACAUCAUCGGCCAGCGGACCCACUGCCAUAUUGCCUCAAUACGGACGGGGCCAUCCUGCUGUCGCACUGUCGCACUAUCUGCUGUACGGCCAUACGCAUAUUGGCACCAAGCGGCUGAUCGAAGACUACAUCGAAGAAGUCACCAAGCAGCUCAAUAUCAUCUGCGACACCGAGUCGGACGACCUGCCGAAUGCAUCCAAGCUCGAUCUCUUUCUUAGCAUCCAGAAGUCAUAUGGACGAACUGCCCUUCUACUGAGCGGAGGGGCCAUCUUUGGACUGACCCAUGUCGGCGUCAUCAAAACGCUUUAUGAGACGAAGCUUCUCCCACGCAUCAUCAGCGGCUCUUCCUGCGGCGCCAUCAUCGCCGCUGUGCUAUGCACCCGGACGGACUCUGAGGUCCCGUACAUAUUCGAGCCGGACACCCUCAAUUUGAAUGUAUUCGAAUCGGCGGAAGAUCACGGGAACAUAUUUAAACGACUUCUUCGGAUACUGAAAGACGGCGUAGUAUUUGACGUCCAGGUCUUUGUCCAAGCCAUGCGAGACAACGUUGGCGACCUCACAUUUCUGGAAGCCUUCAACAAGACCCGGAGGGUGCUGAACAUUACCGUCAGCACGUCGACUGUCUUUGAAAUGCCCAAGUUGCUGAAUUACCUCACUGCCCCGAACGUGAUCAUUUGGUCAGCUGUCACGGCGUCAUGUGCCAUUCCAUAUGUGUACAAAUCCGCGCCUCUGAUGGCCAAGGACCGAAACGGAAAGAUCAUCCAGUGGAACCCGUCCGGACACAAGUGGAUCGACGGGUCUGUCGAAAACGACCUGCCGAUCGCGCGUCUGUCUGAGCUUUUCAACGUCAACCACUUCAUCGUUAGUCAAGUCAAUCCCCAUGUUGUCCCAUUUAUGCAGGAUACCUUCAGCCCAUCCACCGUGGACCAACUCACAUCCAAGCUUUCGUAUCUGAUUCGGUCCGAGGCACAUCACCGUCUAUACCAGCUCUCGGAGCUUGGGCUCGGGAACAGCCUCCUCUUCAGGGUCCAAGCGAUUCUCGUGCAGCGGUACUACGGCGACAUCACGAUCGUUCCAGACAUCUCUCCCGACGACUACACCCGGCUUGUUGGUAACCCCGACUCGGACAUGCUCGUGAACUAUACGAUUACAGGCGAGCGAGCCACUUGGCCCAAGGUUUCGAUCAUGCGGAAUCACUGUCUUGUGGAGCUGUGCAUCGAUGAAAUCAUUUAUCGGCUGCGUAUUCGCAAGUUCGAGGCCGACUCAGACAUUCCCCGGAGAGCGGGCGGCAGCGAGCGCUCAUCGGUCUCGCUAGUCAUGCCGUCGCAGGGUUCGAGCUCGGCGGGGCCCUCGAACCGACGAGACUCGGCGCCAACGACAACAUGAGCGGCUCUGCCAAGCUGCCCGGUUCCUGGAGAAAGUCACUGUCCGAGGGCGGGCAGCCCAGUUUGCAUAGCCAGGAACAAUGCUCGGCCCGCUGGACGCUGUGUGUUGGAUGCUGGAUGUACGGACAUGUUGCAUCUGCUGCGCUGCAUUAUCAACGACUAUAGUGCGAUUCGCCAGCGACGAAUAGA